UGGUAAUAGCUAGGGAAAUGAAAGAAAGAAAGUAAGGGACAAGGGUAAACAGAAAUUAUACAAAAGAAAGUCAUGGAGAAGUGUGAAUUUAUCACUUUAAGAAGACAAUGAAGGAGAUUAUAGGAUCCAGGGCCAAAAUUGUGUCUCCUCCUAAUCCUUAGACUUGUACAUAAGAGGCCUAAGAGCAAAAGCUGACAGUUGGAGAUGAACGAGUCAAUAUCGGAUUCAGAAAGAUCGAUAAGAACAUGGAGCAUAUACACAACUAAGGAUGGUUCAGAUUCAUCAAUGAAUGCGAUCUCGUUUGGGUUUGUGGCGACUGCUAUAUUGAUAUCAAUGUUCCUCAUAAUGGCAAUCUUCGAGCAUCUCUUCAGGUCCGAUCUAUCCGCUUCUCCCGAUGGUUCUUUUCGGUGCCAGAAACUUGUUGAACAAGCUUCUAUGGUUCCGGUAACUACGUCAGAUGUGUCGGUGGUGAUGCCGGGAGAAAAGCUACCGUCGCAUAUAGGACUACCGACGCCGUUUCCUUGCCAGAGAGAAGGCAUUCGCUGGCCUCCUCACCUUUAAUAUGCAUGUCAUUGCCUCUCGUUGUAUCAAAUUUAUUCUGAUUAAUUCAGUUCUAACUCAUUUCGAUUAGCUAAUCAAAUUUUACUCUUACGACGCCACUUCACUAA